CCAGGCUACAACCAGUGAUGUCUGAGACCAAACUGGAUGAUCUCCCUUCUUGCAGGAACUGGUCUUCUGUUCCAGAACUGAAUGAUACUCAGGAGCCUUUUUCAAUCCCCUCUGCUGACUAUAAUGAUGAGGAAUUUCUGCAAUACCUUUGGAGGGAAUAUUUACAUCCCAAAGAAUAUGAAUGGGUCCUGAUUGCAGGGUAUAUUGUUGUGUUCAUUGUGGCUCUCAUUGGAAACAUCCUGGUUUGUAUUGCAGUGUGGAAGAACCAUCACAUGCGGACAGUUACCAACUACUUCAUAGUAAACCUCUCCCUGGCUGAUGUUCUUGUCACAAUCACUUGUCUUCCAGCCACGUUAGUAGUGGAUAUCACAGAAACUUGGUUCUUUGGGCAGACCCUCUGCAAGGUGAUCCCCUAUUUACAGACUGUGUCAGUCUCUGUGUCUGUACUAACACUUAGCUGCAUCGCUUUGGAUCGCUGGUAUGCAAUUUGUCACCCUUUGAUGUUUAAAAGCACAGCCAAGAGGGCAAGGAAUAGCAUUAUCGUUAUCUGGAUUGUGUCCUGCAUUAUAAUGAUUCCUCAGGCUAUUGUUAUGGAGUGCAGCAGUAUGUUCCCAGGAUUAGCUAACAAAACUAUCUUAUUCACAGUUUGUGAUGAGCAGUGGGGAGGUGAGGUCUACCCCAAAAUGUAUCACACCUGUUUUUUUCUGGUGACAUACGUGGCACCGCUGUGUCUUAUGGUGUUGGCCUAUUUACAAAUAUUUCGAAAACUAUGGUGUCGCCAGAUCCCAGGAACUUCCUCAGUAGUUCAAAGAAAAUGGAAGCCUCUGCCCUCUUUAGCACAGCCCCGGGGGCUGGGACAAUCAACCAAGUCAAGGAUUGGUGGGGUAGCAGCUGAAAUAAAACAGAUUCGAGCCAGGAGGAAAACAGCGCGUAUGCUAAUGGUGGUUCUCUUGGUUUUUGCACUUUGCUAUCUACCAAUCAGUAUCCUCAAUGUCUUAAAAAGGGUUUUGGGGAUGUUUAACUAUGCUGAUGACAGAGAGACUGUGUAUGCCUGGUUUACAUUCUCGCACUGGCUUGUGUAUGCCAACAGUGCAGUGAACCCUAUCAUUUAUAACUUUCUCAGUGGAAAAUUUAGAGAAGAAUUUAAAGCAGCAUUUUCUUGCUGCUGGCUUGACAUUCACCAUCACCAGGAUGAACGACUCACCAGGGGCCGUGCAAGCACUGAAAGUCGGAAAUCCUUGACCACCCAGAUCAGCAAUUUUGAUAAUGUUUCAAAACUUUCAGAACAUGUUGUGCUGACCAACAUGAGCACACUCCCCGCAAAUGGUGUCACAGCCAAACUCAGCCCAUUGAAGUCAGUGGAAUUGCACCUGCGUACACCAGGGAUGAACACGACCUCAAGUUUAGAUGAAGCAGAAGGAGUUUCUGUGGAAGGCAGUGGCACAACAGAGAAUACAGAGUGGGCCAAAUUCAUUCCUGCUGUAACCAAACUGACCUUACUGGAGUUACAUCAGGGAUGAGUUUUGCCCUGUACAUUUAAAACAACCCGUGAAUGGCACUCCAGUGAUAACACAACAGUUGGACAAAGGGAUUCCUCCAAAAUGACUGCUGCUUCAAUUCCCAGUCUUAUGGAAACUUACUUACCUCAUGAUGAGCUAAAGAUACAGAAUUCACAUCUUUGCAAGACUUUUUAAAGAAUAUAUUGCAUCACACUUUGUAAAUACUGUAUAUAUUUAUUUUUAAUAUAUUCCAGAUGCCAUGUAACAUUCUCAAAUGCAUCAUGUAAAGAACUGAGUAUUUCAAAGCAAGGAGUCAUUAACAUUUCUUUUAUGUACUAAUACCAUUAAUGACUUUAAUUUAAUUGCAAAGAACACUUGCUCCUCCUAUGCAUUAGUGGAAUUUUGGAAUUACCUUUACACAUGAUACACAAAUGCACAGAGUCUGAGCAAUAAAAUGGAGGAUCUGGAAUACUAGUGCAGGAGAUUAAACCAGACGUAGGGAUUACAGAAACAUGGUGAAACAGCACCCAUGACUGGUAUUGAAAGGUAUGUCUGUUUAGGAGAGCUAGAAAUAAAGACAUUGUACACCAAUGUAAACUGUAAAGAAAAAAAAAGUGGCAGUAUAGACAAAACAGAAGCUAUUUGGGUCAAAAUCACUUUGGGGAAGGUUUGAAAAAGAGCUUCUGUUGGGACAGCAAUAAGGGUCUGCUAUAGAUCCCCAGGGUCAGACUCAGAUCUGGAUAGUAGUAUGUCUCUUUCUAAUAAUAUUACCAUUUUUGAGGAUGACAAUAAAUAUUAGAGAGGAAAACACGACUGGGAAUUGUGUCAUAAUAGGAGACUUUAUCUUUCCAGAUAUAGAUUAGAGAAUAAAUGCUUCUUAAUACUGGUAGGGCCCAGUUGUUCCUGGCUAUGAUAGAUGACAGUUUUCUUCAUCAAAUUGUUGCUUAACCAGCAAGGGGUGAUGCAGUUUUAAACUUGGUUUUUGUAAGUAGUGAGGAAAUCAUAGAUGAGAUGGUCGUAGGAAAUUACCGUGGACUGAGUGAUCACAAGUUUAAAU